CAAUAUAAAACGUUCCCAUUGGCUGGUCGCUCUCCCUCCGAAAUUUUCGGGGGGAAAAAAAAUGGCGGACCGCCUAACGCAGCUGCAGGAUGCGGUGAAUUCGCUUGCAGAUCAGUUCUGCAAUGCCAUCGGGGUGUUGCAGCAAUGCGCGCCUCCUGCAUCCUUCAGCAACAUACAGACCGCGAUCAACAAAGACCAACCUGCUAAUCCCACCGAAGAAUACGCCCAGCUCUUUGCUGCAUUAAUUGCAAGAACAGCUAAAGAUAUCGAUGUUUUAAUAGAUUCCUUGCCAAGUGAAGAGUCCACAGCUACAUUACAGGCUGCCAAUUUGUAUCGUUUGGAGGAAGAGAACCACGAGGCAGCCGCCCGUCUCGAAGAAGUAGUCUAUCGGGGAGAUCUGCUCUUGGAAAAAAUACAGAGUGCCUUAGCUGACAUCGCCCAGUCCCAAUUAAAGACUCGGAGUGGCACCCGUAGCCAACCUCUCCCGGAAUAAUUGGCCUACGGCAAAGCUCGGCUAUGACGCAGGCUCCACAGAUGUGAUUUUGGUGCAUAAUGAAGAGAAACGAGCAUGGAAAAACGACUCCGGUGCCUUCAUCCCCAGAACUAUUUAUGAGACUCGACUCUGCUUACCGGAUGCAACACUUAAGCCAUGCCUUUUUCUGUGGUACUACGCCAGCCUGAAAAGAUUUCUAGGCAUUUUGGAUCCAUGUAACCGUUACAUCCAAGCCUGAUACUUCGAUUGGCUUUAUAGUGAUCUGGAAUCCUUGGCCUCCUGCAAAGAUCUCCUUGCGUCUUCGUGCCAACAAUGAUACGAUAUCUUACAGUAAAUUUGCAAGGGGUGGAGAUGUUUGUUUGGAGGUUUGUUUCUCACUGAAGAUACCUGUACAUUAUCCGGAAGUUCCGUAGAAGGGAGAGAAAACAUUCCGGAAAACGUUGGAGCACUGUCAAAUUUGUAUACAGUUUCACUUAGAAAUGUAAUGAUUUUGUGAUGAUGUAAUGUAAUGUAAUGUAAUGAUGUAUUGUGAUUGCUAGUAUGGUCUGCUUUGGGCCGUGAGUGAAAACUUUUUGGAGAAAUUUCCACACAGCAUAUAACUAGUUAAAUUCAUUGACUCAAGACAACGGAAGCUGAAAUAUGGAACGAACCAACUACUGUUAGAAACACUGUCUUUUGUAGUAUUGGGUUUACGUGAAUAAAGGUUUGGUGUUGCAUUGACUAA